GAGACAUUCUAACCGGCGUUCUCUGACGGAAGAAUUUCUCUCGACACCGAUACUUGCUUCCUUGAGUCAUUUAGCUCUCAGUUUAGUCGAGAUCAACUUGGAUAUUAUCCUACUCCGACCAAAAGUUCCCCGGCAACGGAGUUUCUCUCGGUACCGGUGUUUGUUUCGUGAUCCCAUUAUCUCCCAUUUUUGUCACGAUGUAGUCGGAUAGACCACGGCGGCGAAACUACCCUACUGUGAAUUUCCCGGUGAUAGAAUUUUCCACAUACCAAUGUUAGCUUCCGUGAGCCAUUCAGCUCCCGCUUCGUCCCGAUCUACUCGAUCUAGUCCCCAGCGGUGGACCUAGCCUACUCAACGGUCCAUCCAGUAGGUGCUGAGGUCUGUCCAGCAAUUCCGGAUGGAGCGUAGCUAAUGAGUAUGCAGAAAUGUCAUACAAUACUGACCAGCUUGGGAACGGGGAGUUCUCUGAAAAUUUCUAAUUCUCCACUUUUAUCGUUUCGAUACGUAUUUGACUAAAAGAUUAAAAAAGCUAAAAAAUUUGUGAACAUUUCCACACAAAAUGAUCAAAGUAGUCCUGAUAUUUCUGUACAUAAGUAAACGUCAUCCAGUCGUAGUUCUAUUCAAUUUCUUUCGAAACUGGCAAUUAAGUCCAAUUCACUCAAAUCUAUUCUAUGUUCAAAUGCUCAAAAUGUCUGGUGACAUGUGUACGUGUAAAGCUUGCAACGAAGGUUUGAUGCAAGAGCAGUUUCAACUAGACAAAGUCACCGUCGUUUCGAGUAGAAGAAAACGUUUCCGCGAGUUCGUAAACACCCUGCCCGUUAUAGCAACGAUCCGUCUGGAUGAGAUGCCAAUCGAUGGCGGCGGUGCCCUGAAAAUACAUUCAUCGGCAACCGGGCCAUCUCACUGUACCAUCGAUUGUCCGAUCUGUUUCGAGCCGAUUUGGCGUAAGGAUCCCGUAUCAACGAUUUGCGGUCACCUGUUCUGCCGGGCGUGCAUCAGUCGGGAGUUGCGCCUAAGGAAGGACUGUCCCAUCUGCAAGCGGGUUUUGACGCCGGAUAGUGUACAUUCGAUUUUUUUCCUGUGAAAUUCAAGUUGUGUGAUUUUUUUUAACAAAUAUUUGUUGGUAGUUUCUUUAAUUUGAUUUUGUAUCCUAUUCAGAUUAUAUUUCGCA